AAAAAAAAACUUCAUCCCCUGGAAAAUCACUACUUUCCUGCAGCACAAAUAUUUCUCAUCUUCAUUUUAGCCGGAAAAGAUCGGUGAAAUUUCGGUGAUAAAGUUUAUCGGUUGGUUCCGGUGGAGCGCUCCAGCAAACAAUGGGUCUUUCGCACAGUAUUUCCGUCCCUGGCGGUGGUACGGAAGGGUACCAUGUCCUGCGGGUUCAAGACAAUUCGCCUGGGCAGAAGGCCGGACUGGAAGCGUUCUUUGAUUUUAUUCUGGCGAUUGGAAACACCCGACUGGAUCAGGACAAUGAUACGUUGAAGGAACUGCUCAAGGCAAGCAUUGACAAGGAGAUACAGAUGACAGUUUUCAGCAGUAAAACGCAGAAUAUUCGUGUGGUUAACAUAAUGCCAAGCACGACCUGGGGCGGUCAGGGACUACUGGGGGUUAGUAUACGGUUCUGCUCGUUUGAGGGAGCGAACGAGAAUGUUUGGCACAUUCUAGAGGUGCAUCCAUCGUCGCCGGCUGAAGAAGCAGGAUUGAUCCCGUUCACAGAUUAUAUUAUCGGGGCGGAUUCGAUCCUGCACGAGAGUGAGGAUUUGUUCACGUUGAUCGAAUCCCACAAGGGCAGGCCACUGAAGAUGUAUGUGUACAAUAUAGACAAGGAUGCGUGUAGGGAGGUGACAAUCACACCAAACAGCAAAUGGGGAGGCGAAGGUAGUUUGGGAUGUGGUAUUGGUUACGGAUAUCUGCAUCGAAUACCGAUACGGGUGCUGCCGGCGGAUGCAGGUAAAAUGAUUCCGCCUACGGGAGCGGCAUUGAGUCAGAGCAUGACGUCGGUACCAACGUCGGUCCCGCCGACGGAUCCUAACGCGGCCAAUCGACCCAUUCCAUUCAUCCCGAUGGUACCUCCGUUGGCAAAUACGUUUGCAUCGACUGCCGGGACGGUGCAUACGGAUCUGUUAACCGUUUCGCCUACCGGAACAGUGGAUAGCACGACUACGGCUUUGGCUAAUCAGUUUGCCACCAUGAGCACGGUGGAUCAUGCAAACAACAAUCCUUCAUACUUUGUGAGUGUCAAUAACAAUGGAGCACCUGCGGUUAUGACCACGCCGGUGAAUACGGCUACUUCGCCACCGAUUAGCAUCACACAGACAUACUACCCGCCACCGACGGGAACGUUGGCAUCAUCCGAUGGAAAUUAUCCGCCAUCUCUCGGUACGGAUGUCGCUGCCACUAUGUCGUACUCAUCAGCCACGAUCCCCAUGUACUCUCCUUCUGCCCAGCAGCAAAUGCCCUACUCGGUUCCAAGCAGCCAACAGCAGCAAACUUUGGUUAACCUAUCUUAUGCACCGACCAACCCGACCAGCGUAUCGUCGACCGUGACUCUACCUACGGUCAAUCCCAGCGUCUUUGCAUCCAGCGUUCCACCACCAUCCUCGUUGGCAAGUGAUUUUUAUCAGACCUAUGGAAACGCACCGAACACAACGGCUGCUACGUCGGUUGCUAGCGCGUUCCUUCCGUCUAGCUUAUCGUACCCAGCGGCACCUACUGACUAUCAGCAUCAGCAAGCUCAGCCGCAGUACCAACCGCAGACGUAUGCCGCCGGUCAGGCACCCGCUCCGAUUCGAAUGUAUUCGACCUUUCCCCAACAACAACAGCAACAACAGCAGCAGCAGCAAAGCGCCACCAUCGAUCUAGCUCAGCAGCCACCACUGUUCCAAACCAGCGCCGUUACGACACCCAUUUCCCUGCCGGGAAUGCCACCCAUCACGGUUAACGCUACGAUCCCUCCGGAAGCCCUUCGUGGACUGCAGUUCGGUAGCAACAAUAGCCCGCAGCCGACAAUGGCACCGCAGUAAAACUGGAUGAUACUUCUAAGAAUCAAUUGUGUAUAUAAACAGUCGUGCGAGCUUGGAGUUUUGCCCUUUCCUGUGUUCUGUUUUCCGGAUCCCGCGACGGGUAAGUUCUUUCCGUUCUAACUAUAUUUCACUUAUUGAGCUGUUUUUUGUUGUUUUGAAAUUCGCAAAAUUAUUUAAUCGAAACAAUAAAAUAAUAACAAUAUCGUUAAGGGUAAUUUUUAAACAGCUGCUGAGCCGACAAUUCUUCAACGUCACUAUUUUUCCAAUAAAUUUUACUAUUUAGUGCAAUUAUAAGAUGAAUAAAAAAGGGAAUGAGAUGAAAAAAAAAAAAACUAUUGAAAACGACUAUGAUUAUGACGACAUGAUAAGCUAAUGGUAAUGAUAGCAUAUUAUUAUAGCUAAGCGAUGAGAGUUCUUGGAGAAAAGAGAAAACUACAACAGGCAUUUUUUUCAUGUUA